CCCUCCCUCCUCCUCCUCUGGCUCAGGUUGCAGCUCCUCCGGGCAGCCGCUCACCUUUCCGGAGCAGGGCAAGCAGCCCCGAGGCGGGCAGGGACCCCAGCAGGGCGCAGGGCACGGCCCCCAGCCCCGCGGCAGCCCGGCCUUUGCGGGCGGGAGCCGGCGCGCCGUGGCCCCCAGGACGCGCGCACACCUGGUCCCGCCAACGAUGAACAAGAUGAAGAACUUCAAGCGCCGCUUUUCCCUGUCGGUGCCACGGACCGAGACCAUCGAGGAGUCCCUGGCCGAGUUCACCGAGCAGUUCAACCAGCUCCACAACCGGCGCAAUGAGGACCUGCAGCUCCGUCCUCUUGGCAGAGACCCCCAGCCAGAGUCCAGCACCUUCUCCCCCACAGACAGUGGGGAGGACCCUGGGCAGGCGUCCCCUGGCAUGCAGUACCGGCGGCAAAACCAGCGCCUCUUCUCCAUGGAGGACAUCAGUAAGAGGCUUUCUCUGCCCAUGGACAUCCGCUUGCCCCAGGAAUUCCUGCAGAAGCUACAGCUGGAGAGCCCAGACCUGCCCAGACCUCUCAGCCGCAUGUCCCGCCGAGCUUCCCUGUCAGAUAUCGGCUUUGGGAAACUGGAAACCUAUGUGAAACUGGACAAACUGGGAGAGGGCACCUACGCAACGGUCUUCAAAGGGCGCAGCAAACUGACGGAAAACCUGGUGGCCCUGAAGGAGAUCCGACUGGAGCACGAGGAGGGGGCGCCCUGUACUGCCAUCCGGGAGGUGUCUCUACUGAAGAACCUGAAGCACGCCAACAUUGUGACCCUGCAUGACCUCAUCCACACUGAACGGUCCCUCACCUUGGUGUUCGAGUACCUGGACAGUGACCUGAAGCAGUAUCUGGACCACUGUGGAAACCUCAUGAGCAUGCACAAUGUCAAGAUAUUCAUGUUUCAGCUGCUCCGGGGCCUUGCCUACUGCCACCACCGCAAGAUCCUGCACCGGGACCUGAAACCCCAGAACCUGCUCAUCAGCGACAGGGGGGAGCUGAAGCUGGCUGACUUCGGACUAGCCCGGGCCAAGUCCGUGCCCACGAAGACCUACUCCAAUGAGGUUGUGACCCUGUGGUACAGGCCGCCCGAUGUGCUGCUGGGGUCCACAGAGUACUCCACCCCCAUUGACAUGUGGGGCGUGGGCUGCAUCCACUAUGAAAUGGCCACCGGGAGGCCCCUGUUCCCGGGCUCCACAGUCAAGGAGGAACUGCACCUCAUCUUUCGACUCCUCGGGACUCCUACUGAAGAGACGUGGCCGGGCGUGACGGCCCUGUCCGAGUUCCGAGCCUACAACUUCCCCCGGUACCUUCCCCAGCCGCUCCUCAGCCACGCUCCCAGGUUGGACACUGAUGGCAUCAGUCUCCUGUCCGGCCUCCUCCUGUAUGAAUCCAAGAGGCGAAUGUCAGCAGAGGCGGCCCUGAGCCACCCCUACUUCCGGUGUCUAGGAGAGCGCGUGCACCAGCUGGAAGAUACUGCCUCCGUCUUCUCCCUGAAGGAGAUCCAGCUACAGAGGGACCCAGGCUACCGGGGGCUGGCCUUUCAGCAGCCAGGACGAGGGAAGAGCCGGCGGCAGAGCAUCUUCUGAGCCCAAGGGACAGGAGGUCACACUGAGCCCAAUCGUGGGCAGGAUGAGGCCCGUGUGGCACUUGGAGGACUGAGGAAUGAGGGCUGAUGCCCAGCCCAGAAGACCUCCCAGCAGCCCUGCUGGCCCCAGCUCCUCCCUGUCCCUGCUUCCUACCUGCCCCCCCAGUGGCCUUCACCUGGACACCAGCCCCUCCAGCACCCGCCUGGGGACUGGGCACGGGCUGCUCCCCUGGGAGGAGGUGAGGGGGCUGAGAGGGACUUGCUCUCCCGGCCUCAGGUGCUUGGGCACCAGUGAGGACAGGAGAGUCCAGGUGCCAGGCUGGGCACUGUGCCCUGGACACACACACCACUAUGCCUCCCCUGGGGGGCUGGCCUGCCUCACCAGGUGGGUAGAGCUUCUUAUGGGCCCUUGGAGCCCACACACCAUUCACUUUCUUCCCCUCUGGGAGCAGGAAGCAACAUGGCACCUUGGGUGGGACCCCGGAAUCCAGGUGCUGGCAUGUAUGCCAGAGCCCACCCCCUACGUGUGGGGAGGGUGUCCCUGGGGCAGCAGUGAGAGUAGCAGCCCACCCUCUCUCAACAUCCCACCCUCCAUCCUCGCUGCCCGCCACCUCUGCUGCCGGGUGCCUGGCUGGGUCCACAAUAGCCUGGUCAGCUGGCCCCUGCCCACCUCCCCAGCCUGCAUGGGGCUGCCUUAUGUUGGCAGGUGGUAGAGCAGUCACUGCCCUUGGGGCUCUGACCCACGCGCCUACCUGUCCCCCCUUUCCUGAGAGUGGCUCCCGCAUGUCACGCCUGAGUACUGAUAAGCCAGCCCUGGGCCAGGGUGCUGGGGACAGCACCCAGAUAUGCAGGGUCACCCUGACACUGGUGCCUGGCUGGCCUUGGCUCCUUGGGGCUGGCACAGCUUUCCCCAUCCUCUCCUUCUUGCCUCUGUGGGCCUGUCCUUGCUGCUCCAGACCCUGGCGCCAGCCUCCCCAGAGGGUGGUCGUGAGACGGAGUGUUUAAAUGCCACAGUCCGGGGUAGAGGCAGGUGGGCUGGGCUGGGACGGGCUUUGAUCCCGGGGCUGGGAGUAUGAGGGGUGCGGCCCCUGGAGAAGGCAGCCCUCACCGGCCUACAGAGCCCGCCUGUCGGAUUCCCAAGGACACCUCACCCUUUGGCUGAAUCUUGAAUGGCCCGGCGGAGGGGAGGCCCGGCCUGGCCUUUCAACAGAAGCCCCCUGCCCACCGCAAACCCCUCAGCCCGAGGAGCAGCCCUGGGGGUUCUUGGCCUUCGUACAGGCCCCUCCACGCCCCCACAACUGUACUGUGAAUGUCCUGUGACUCAGCACAAAGACAGAUAAUAUAUUUAAUUCAUGCUGUACGGAAAGGAGCGAGCAGUCUACAAAAAGCUGAUUUUGACAGAUUGAUGCCAAAGAAGAGAAGAAAGGCCUUUCCCCUAGCCUCGAAAGCACAGCUGGGGCUCGUUUAUAUAUAUAUAAAGUGGAGAGAGAGUUUG